GCCAAACACCAGAGCACCCUAGAGAGUUGAACUAAAAGAAUGCUCAUGUUUGACCCAGUCCCUGUCAAGCAAGAGGCCAUGGACCCCGUGUCGGUGUCAUACCCAUCCAGUUACAUGGAGUCGAUGAAGCCCAACAAGUACGGCGUCAUCUACUCCACACCGUUACCGGAUAAGUUCUUCCAGACCCCGGAGGGCCUGUCGCACGGGAUGCAGAUGGAGCCGGUGGACCUGACCGUGAACAAGCGGAGUUCCCCGCCCUCUGCGGGGAAUUCUCCCUCCUCGCUGAAGUUCCAGCCCUCGCACCGGAGAGCCUCGCCCGGCCUGAGCAUGCCUUCUUCCAGCCCGCCCAUGAAGAAGUACUCGCCGCCGCCUCCCCCCGGCGUACAGCCGUUCGGGGUGCCGCUGUCCAUGCCGCCGGUGAUGGCAGCCGCGCUGUCCCGCCACGGCAUCCGCAGCCCCGGGAUCCUGCCCGUCAUCCAGCCCGUCGUGGUGCAGCCGGUCCCCUUCAUGUACACCAGCCACCUCCAGCAGCCGCUCAUGGUCUCCUUGUCGGAGGAGAUGGAGAACUCCAACAGCAGCAUGCAAGUACCUGUAAUUGAAUCAUAUGAGAAGCCUAUAUUACAGAAAAAAAUUAAAAUAGAACCUGGGAUUGAACCACAGAGGACAGAUUAUUAUCCUGAAGAAAUGUCACCCCCUUUAAUGAACUCAGUGUCCCCCCCGCAAGCACUGUUGCAAGAGAAUCACCCGUCAGUCAUAGUACAACCAGGGAAGAGACCUUUACCUGUGGAGUCCCCGGACACUCAGAGGAAGCGGAGGAUACACAGAUGCGACUACGACGGGUGCAACAAAGUGUACACUAAGAGCUCUCACUUGAAAGCGCACAGAAGAACACACACAGGAGAAAAACCCUACAAAUGUACAUGGGAAGGAUGCACAUGGAAGUUUGCUCGGUCUGAUGAACUAACAAGACAUUUCCGAAAACAUACUGGAAUCAAACCUUUCCAGUGUCCAGACUGUGACCGUAGCUUCUCCCGCUCUGACCACCUUGCCCUCCAUAGGAAACGCCACAUGCUAGUUUGAAUGGCUCCGUCUCCCGCCUCAGCGUGGCUCCCCACUCUCCCGGCUCUCUCUCUCUCCUCCUUCCCAUGAUCUAACUCAUUUUUUACAUGUACAUUUUAAUUUGGAUUCAGCUGGUCUGAAUCUCUGAAUUUAUAUCAUUCAAAUUUCCAUAUGGUCAGUAGUAGAUGUUCUCUAAUCCUCCUCUUCUUACCACGGGUCAGACCUAAAGAAUGUGAACACUUUUUUUUUUUUCUGGGGAUGCUAAGCAAACCCUUCUUACAGAUACGUUUAAUGUAAUGAGAACAAGGGAACAUGUAAACGUAAAAUAACCAAUUGUCGGUUUCUCCAUGUAUUUCUCAAAAGAAUGUCAAAGUAAAUGUAUUAGAAAUACAGUAUCCAGCCUGCAAGUCCUUGCCAGGGACAUUCAUACCUCUGUGCCCUGUGAUCGUAUUUUGUGCUCGCCAGCAAGAAGGGUGGACCCUCUCCCUGGUUAGGUAGCCGUGCAGCGAGAUUCAGGUAGGACCUUCCUUCCACGCUUCUUCCCUUCCAGUGCCCUGCACAAAUCCUGCUUGUCAGCUUGGAUUUAUCACGUCCUCUAAAUUAAGUCCUUGACACUCCUUUGUGCCUACAGCUAACAAGGAGGUCUUUGCCAGCCCUGGAGCUGAGCCAGAGCUGCUGAUUUAGGCGGGUGAUGUCUGUCAGUAAAGGGCUGAAUGCUCUCCUUGCCUCACAUGGCGUCAGAACAAAGGGGCAUGGCGCAGGGGAGAAGCGGCGGGGGCGAGGAAGGAAGCCGGCCCUUCCUCCUAGGCUAGGGCUCUCCGGUGAGGUUUCAUCAUGGGAUUAACUGCGCAGGGCAUCCCCAGAAUUUCAGUCUCUAUGCUAUGCUCGACUGUAGAAGCCAACAGCAAAGCGGAAAAUGGAUGGAGUUAUCCCCGUCCCUGUCACCAUUCCUCCGAUGUCCCUAAUGUGGGUCAGCAACCAUUGAUUGUCGGGACACCACAAAAAUAUUUUGCCUAGUAAUGGUAUUAAAAAAAAAAAUCUUUUGGGUAAGAAUAUGGAUGGCCUUUCUCUUACCCAACCUACUGCAGCUUUUUGCCAACAGGGAAACGUUAAGUGGUAAUUGUAUUCCCAUAUCAAAUUAAUUGUACAGCUUUUAUACAGAAACGCGUGUGUGUGAACCGUAGGGUGCCUAGUGGGCUGUUCCUUGUGUUUGUGAGGCGUAUGGCAAGUAAGCCUCUGCUGAGGCUCUAGUAAUGCAUUCAGUGUAAGACCUCAGUGACAUGAUUUGUAAAUCUAGUUGUGAAGCACACAUACCUUCAUUCGGGGGACAGAUGUCUGAAAAACACAGAAAACCACAGUUCAGCGAUUCAUCUCUUUAGAGCUCCAAAAUUCCCCAACAUUUACUAUUAAAGAGCUGGAAAUCAGUCACUAUCAAGUAUCCCGUUAGAAGAACCUGGAAAUGACUCGUGUUUAUGGUAAAGAUAAAUAGCGCCAUUACUUGGGGGAAGUUUUUGUGUUUUGUGUUUUUUUUUUUUCAAAAGCUGGCUUUUGAGCACCAUAGUCUAAAUGCCAAUAAAAAUAAUUCAUGCCUAGAAAUAUCAUUGGUCCUAAAUUGGAAGAAAGUGGGAGACGGUGGUCACAUGUGGGUGCAUGUAACCAAAUGCGCCUUCAUCCCUCAAUAAAGGACGGAAGAGACGAGAGAAGAAUGGAAUCCUGAAGAUUCAUCCCAGCCGAAACUCAGGAUCCAACACAACCUUACUGGGAGGAAUACAUUGUUCAAUUGUUUUUUGAAACAUCAGUGAACGAGUGAUUCUGGAGGCCUGCAAAUCACAUGGGGAGCUUACUUUGAUGGCGCUGGUUAAUAAAAGUUAGUCGUAGGGACUUGUGCACCUAAGAGAUCCCACUCAUCAGCCCUGGGCACUGGCUGAAAGGAAAUGUAGUUGAGAAAUGCAAAGUAAUUUGUUAUCUUCCUGGCACUUCGUUUUGAUUUUUUUUUUUUUUUUUUUUUUUUUUUUUUGGUAAGCACUGCGAAAUUUGUUUAGAAUAUUAAAACCUCCUAGUUGGGCUUUUUUUGUUUGUGUUUUUGCAACUAUGACAUGAAUUGAGGAAUAGAAAUGGCUCUUGGGAAAGUAGGUAUUGUCUGUACUGUAAAUGCUUAGUCACAUUCAUGCCAAAGUGUUUAAUUCUAGAAGUGGCUCUUACAACACACUGAAGAGUCAAGUUGGAAUGCAAGGAACUUUUUUGUUGGAAUGGAGAUGACCAGUCAUGGUGUGUGUUCCAGCCCAUAGAGAAGGUAGGGAAAAAAGGCAAGAAAGGGUAGAAUUGACCAUCUUUGAAUAAUUAGCUUUGAGUGUGAGUCCAGUUGAUAGAAAAGCUUUGUAGGUUCUCAUGGAAUUUGAUGUGUGUGUUAUGGCAUAUUUAAAUUGUGUUCAAAAGAGCAAGCAGGACCCUGCAAAGACUAUUCCAUUAUUAUUCAGCUUGCUUAGGUUAUGUUAACAGUUCAUUAGCAAAGAUCCAUUUUAACUCUGAAAGAAAGGUAACCCAGAGAGGCCAUUCUCUGUUCCCAUUGCUGGUCUAUGUACUUUGGUUACUGAUUGGCUCUUGACCAAAUUUUCCUUUUAUAUAUAUAUUUGUAUUUUACUAUGAUAGUUGAGAAAUUUAGUCUCUUAGGCAUUUUUAGCUGUUAUUGUGGAAGACCUCAAGUACAAGAUAAGAUGCCCUUGAACAUGUGGUUUUAAUGAUGUGCCAUGUUACUAUCAAUGGUGGUUUUAAUUGCAAUGUUUUACAUUGAUGAGAAUGAUUUGUAAACAUGAAGUUAGUGUUGUAUAAAUUCUGUUAUAGAGUUUCUUUUGAUUAUUGUCCAAGUGUCAUCUUGGGGAAGUCAGAAAAAUUAAGGCUGAAUCCAUCAUAUUUUAGAGUUCUAAAAUGUGAAUCUACAUCGUAAAUGGGCAUUAACAUUCUAAAUCAUCUGGUAUGGAGAAUGUGUUAGCAGCAUAGCUACGGUCAACCAAGGAAAUGCUAAAUACAUGGAAGUUUCAAGAGCCUUGGAACAGAUUUAUAGGGGAACUAUAGAUGUAAAUGUAUAUUUUAUUAAACACCCAUCUGCACUAUCAGUGUUGCACUAAUGUGGAAUUUGAAAGACUUUAUUGCUGAUACUGUAUAUCUCUACGGCAUUCCUGAUUAGAUUGUUUUAAAUACAAUCUCAAAGAUCUUAAGGUUUUAAAAUAAUUUGGUUUGAAAAUACACAGUCAUCUUGAAGGAAUUGCUGUUAUACAUGAAGUUACUCAGAGUUGUCUUUAUUCUCUUCUCAGUCGAGGUUAACAAUUUCUAAAUGAUCGCAAAUUCACUUAAUACAUUUACAAAGCCAUUUUACAUGCAUUAAACGAGGGCUACAAUACUAUGUUUUACAAAUACUAGCACUUUUUUUUUUUUGCUGUUAUGUAUUUAGUGUUAGAGGGUCAAAAUAAUCUUUCUGCUUAGCAUCUCUUAAACCAUACCUGCAAGUAUAGCAGGAUUAUUACAUUUACAGUACUUUAAUACUUGUAUAAACUAUGCAGAAAUUUUUAAUAAAGUGUAAUAUAUUUUAUAAGCUAAUAAGACUGAAUGGGUAAAGGUUUUUAGCAUGCAUUAGUAUACUUGCGAAUACUGAAACAUUUUGGUAAUCUUUCUUACUAAAGAUGUGAAUGUUUAAUGUACCUUCUCUGUUUCUACUCUGUAGUCCAAUGGGAAUUCAGUAAUGACAUUUUGUCAUGUCAAACUGUGAACAUAAAUUUGUACUGUACAGUCCUCAUAUACUAUAUACAGUAUGCAAUAUAUGUAUUAUAUACUUGUUAAUAAAACCAUCAGAAUAUUAA